AAUUGAGACUAUUAGGCUAGCCGAAUAUUAAUUGAAAAGGUUUUGUUCUAGAAAAAAAUACGUAGUGGAAUUUGGUCCGUGUAUGAAAUGAAGCAUCGAGGGGCGAACACGAUGCAUCUUCCAACCUUCUUCUCUUCGUUCUAAUCAUCACUUUAAUCUUCAAAAUCUUUCACAUACUCUCUUCAUAUUCUUCUCUCUUUCUUUCUUUCUUUUCUUUAUUUCCCAUUCUACCCUCAAUGGCCACUCAAUCCCCUUCCGAUUCUCUCGACGUCGACGACUACGUUUUGGAUAAUGGGCCAGAAGGAUUGUCAUGGGACACAUUUCAUUAUGUUUACGAGCUUGUGCAAAAGGGAAAUUUGGCCUUUCGAGACAACAGAAUGGAAGAGGCAAUCAACUUUUACUCAAGAGCCAAUAACAUCAAAUCUAGUGAUCCAAUUAUCCUCGGCAAUCGAAGUGCAGCUUAUAUCAGGAUUAGCCAAUAUUUAAUGCAUAGAUCUUCAUCAUCCUCAGAACAUAGGCCAUUGAGUGGGCUUGAUCCCACAACACUUGCCGAACUGGGUUUGAAGGAUGCUGCAAAGCUUGUGGAACUCCAAAGCAGUUCAGUAAAACCAUACCUUUUGAAGGCCAAUGCUCUUCUUCUGUUAGAGAAAUAUGACGUGGCUCGGGAUGUUAUUCUUUCUGGACUUCAAGUUGAUCCUUUUAGUAAUUCCCUUCGGGAAUGUCUUCAAAGAGUGGAAAGAGUAUCAUCUAGUUCAACAGGAAGGAGUACACAUAUACAACCAGAGCGGAAUGAUGACUUUGAUUGCACUCUCUGCCUGAAAUUACUGUAUGAACCUGUCACAACCCCCUGUGGACAUUCAUUUUGCCGUUCAUGUCUAUUUCAGUCAAUGGAUCGUGGGAACAGAUGCCCAUUGUGCAGGACAGUUCUGCUCAUUAGCCCCAGAACAUGUUCAAUUAGUGUGACAUUGAAGAGCAUCAUACAAAAGAACUUUUCAGAGGAAUAUGCUGAAAGGAAGCAAGAGAAUGACAGUUUAGUCAACAUUGGUGUAGAUAUGCUCCCUCUUUUUGUCAUGGAUGUUGUCUUACCCUGUCAAAGAUUUCCACUAAAUAUAUUUGAACCUCGUUAUAGACUUAUGGUAAGAAGAAUAAUGGAAGGCAAUCAUCGGAUGGGAAUGGUUAUAAUAGAUGCUUCAACAGGAUCAUUAGCAGAGUUUGGCUGUGAAGUGGAAAUCACAGAGUGUGAGCCACUUCCAGAUGGUCGUUUUUAUAUAGAGAUUGAAGGUCGUAGGAGAUUUCGCAACCUCCGUUCUUGGGAUCAAGAUGGAUAUCGUGUUGCAGAAGUUGAAUGGAUACAAGAUAUUAUGCCGCCAGAAGGGACAAAAGAAAGAGAGGAUUUACAGGAAUUGACGCAGAAUGCAGCAGAAAGUGCUCGAACAUGGAUAGGAAGAGCUAAAGAAGCAGCAAGACAAGAUCAAAGAAGAUUAGAGAAACUCGUGAAUGUUGAAGGAAUGAUACCCUCAUUAAGAGACCCCGAGCGCUUUAGUUUUUGGCUGGCUACCCUCUCGAAUCGUAGGCCUUCAGAAAGAUUGGAUGUCCUACGCAUUAGAGAUACUACAGAGAGAAUUAGACGAGGCCUGAUAUUUCUUCGAGCAGAGGAACAAGGAUGCAGAAUUCAGUAAAAACGAGCUGAGGAACGUUACCAUUAUUACUAUUGGAAUUUGAAUAUUUAUUGUAAAUUCAUUUACAAGCCAUUCAAAUAUUCUUUGCCUUCAUAAAUGGUUGUUCAUGAGGCAAUUUUUGUUGUAACAUAGUGUUGAACCCAAUUGUUCUAAUAUACAUGGAUAUCCACAUUACCUUUUAUUACAAUCUGAUUUAUACAAA